UGGACGAGAACAUCUUUGGCGCAACGUUGGUUUCUUCAGAUUCUGACCACGCCCACUGCUGAAUGCGGAAGUCACCAGUUGCUGCUAUUUGUGUGCAUGAAGGUUCUACAGGUUUUAGAGAACUUUCCCUUGAUGUGAACUGAAGAUAGUACUGCUCCCCAACAUGUCACAUACACAAGCACACAGUUACACACUGAUUACAAAGUGUGCGUGCAUGGUCUUCACACUACUCUUUGCCUCUGGACAUGCAGAAGAGAUCACUAAAGAUGGAACACAGAACCGUUCUCUGGUAUCCAUUCACCACCUUGCCAGUUUACCUACUCUCCGGGUUAUCGUAGUAAAAGAGGGAGCCAGCACUCUGAUUGAGUGCAAUGUCACUGGAAAGCCAGAUGACAUUCAGUGGUACAAUUCCAAAGGGCACGUUCUGAAUGCGGAAGAGGGAGGUGGGAAAUGGCUGAUUCAGGACAAGGGCGUUUUAAAUAUUACAACGGUCAGUUUUGAAGACCGAGGCCGGUACACCUGCAUAGCCUCCAGCUUGGCAGGGACCUCCAACUACACCAUCACCUUACGGGUGGCCUACGUCCACAGCGGCCUGGGCCUGUACUACGUCAUCGUGUGUCUAAUCGCCUUCACCAUCACCAUGAUCCUCAAUGUCACGCGCCUCUGCAUGGUCAGCAGUCAUCUGAAGAAGACGGAGAAGGCCAUCAACGAGUUCUUCCGCACCGAGGGAGCUGAGAAGCUCCAGAAGGCCUACGAGAUAGCCAAGCGCAUCCCCAUCAUCACCUCAGCCAAGACUAUGGAGUGGGCCAAGGUCACCCAGCUCAAGACCAUGGAGUUUGCCCGCCACAUGGAGGAGCUGGCCCGCAGCGUGCCACUUCCCCAGACCAUCCUCAGUUGCAGGGCCUUUGUGGAGGAGAUUAUGGAGACGGUGCACACCUCGGUGGGGGCGACAAGCCUCCAGAAAGCUAUAGAGCCAGCCAACCCAGAGGGGAGAGGUCAAACCUGUGAGGUCCAGAUGUCAGCGGAGCAGCAGGGCCCAGCAGUACACGGCAGAGAGGAUGGUGAUGGUGUUGAUGGUACCAUUGAAAACAGCCUGGACAUUGAAGUGUCUGUCCACCCUAUGUCCAAGUGUGAGGAUGAGAAGUGGGCUGAAGAGGAUGAGGUGUCUGUACCCAUGCUGGGUCCAUGCUCCAGUGGGAGUGUGGCUUAUGAAAUUCGCAUUUAGUCGUGCCAGUCAGGUCUUUACAACUAAUAUUUUCCAGUUAGUUGAGAGGUCAAAAUCAAAGGGCUGCUCAGAUGGCAACCACAGAUGGUGGGAGUUGAGAGGUAUUUUGUGUAUAGUAUGCUACUGCCUCUAUUUCAUAGAGAAAAUACACUGGAUGAAACCGAAAAAUGUUUCAGAGAUGAGAUAGGCCUUGUGGUUACUUCCCUACCUGAUAGCAGUGGUAUUUGAUAACUAUGGUGGGAAGUGAUGAGAGGAUUGUUCGGUUUUUGACAUCUUUAUUUACUUCACUACUUGCCUCAGUUUAAAGGAAGGCUUGAUUUGGUUGUUUGCUUGUGUGGUUGUAUCUUAACAAAUUAUAAAAAAGAAGAAACCUGCACACUGCUCUUGCUAGUGUCACUGCUCUUUAUUAAGCUUUACGUAUCGGCCUU